AUGUCUGGUAGAGGAAAAGGAGGAAAAGGAUUAGGAAAAGGUGGUGCUAAGAGACACAGAAAGAUCUUGAGAGACAACAUCCAAGGUAUUACAAAGCCAGCUAUCAGAAGAUUGGCAAGAAGAGGUGGUGUCAAGCGUAUCUCUGCCUUGAUCUACGAAGAAAUCAGAGUUGUCCUUAAACAAUUCUUGGAAAACGUCAUUAGAGAUGCUGUUACCUAUACUGAACACGCCAAGAGAAAGACCGUUACUUCAUUGGACGUUGUCUAUGCCUUGAAGAGACAAGGUAGAACCUUGUAUGGUUUCGGUGGUUAA